GCGAUUGUGGCAACACUGUAACAGUGAGCCAUCGCCCCGCUAACGGUGUCAUGGCGGUUUGACUUGUUGAAGGUUUUUUUUUGCUUUAACUCAAUAGUUAAUGUGCUUUUUAGCAAUUUGAUCUUUGAUUUCAAAAAGUAAAAUUACGUGACACAAAAUAGUUAAUAAUGCGCGAAUACAAAAUAGUCGUGCUAGGUAGCGGUGGCGUGGGAAAGUCUGCUCUGACAGUGCAAUUCGUACAAGGCAUCUUUGUCGAGAAAUACGACCCCACCAUCGAGGACAGCUAUCGGAAACAGGUGGAAGUGGACGGGCAACAAUGUAUGCUCGAGAUUCUGGACACGGCGGGCACAGAGCAGUUCACGGCGAUGCGAGAUCUGUACAUGAAGAACGGGCAAGGUUUUGUGUUAGUGUAUUCGAUCACCGCACAAUCUACGUUCAACGACCUGCAGGACUUGCGGGAGCAGAUCCUGCGAGUGAAGGACAAGGAUGAUGUGCCGAUGGUGCUGGUGGGCAACAAGACAGACCUGGAGGCGGAGCGCGUGGUCGGCAAGGAGCAGGGACAAAACCUGGCGCGCCACUUCAACUGCGCCUUCAUGGAGACCUCCGCCAAGGCGAAAAUACACGUGAACGAUGUGUUCUAUGACUUAGUGCGACAGAUCAACAAAAAGUCCCCCAAGAAGGAAGAAUCAAGGAAAAAAACUAUCAAGUACUGUAAGAUUCUGUAAGAGUUCCGCUGGUGCCAGCGAGUUCGACGCGUCGAGGUAUAAAAUAUUUAAUAAUUUGUAAGACUUCUCGUACCCUGAUUUGGCUCUUGACAGUACCCAAAGUUAACUAGAUCAGAUGAUGAGCAUAACUGCUUCAAAAUACCUGUAGCGUUGAGUAUGUGCAUUUGUUGAGCUGUGUCAUGAAGGAGUGCCGUACACAAGUGGAAAAUCCACAGAGCGCUCUGCGUGAUGUCCGAAUUCCUCCCCACGUGCAAACACAUAUUUACUGAUACUUUUUAGUCUAUAUUUUGAUAGUUAGUAUAUAUAUGAGGAUAGACUCAGAGUUUCUGUGCAUGUUUCACUAUAGAGAAUUCCAAUUGUAUUGUGUGGAUGCUGUAAGUUCAGAAGUUGUAAAUGGUUAUAUAAGAAAUUCCUUAUUACUAUAAUGUAUAACAUUGUAAACCUUUGUUAGAGGUCAUGAAUAGUGUGGCUGUAGUGUUGUAAUUGGGCACUAUACAUGCUUACUGCUAACAUAGUAUGAUUAUAUGCAAGAGGUUACAUAGUCACUGAGCAUACACUGUUCAUGGAUUCUCAAGUAUUAAUUUUUUCCAUUUUGAGCAACAAAAUUCUGUAAAUUAAUGAAUUUUGUUAUAAUUAUAAAAUACCAAUGUUAGGUACAGACAGCUGCGUGUCAAUUAGAUUCAACAGGAAAAUGACUAUGGGGAUUUUAUUUACCAUGAAAUUAUCCUUCAAGGGCACACAGUAUGUAACGGAGCGGUGUGCCACACUGGGAGCUGUAUUGUUCACAGGUCAAUGUAAUUUGCCAGUAAUGUUAUUUGCAUUUAGCCCUCACUGUGUGGACCUAACAUUAUAAGUUUAUUUUUAAUUAUAGUAUUGAUCUUAUCAUACUGAUAAGGGUGAGAUGUGAACUUCUGAACGGCCAGGGUGAAGUGGGUUGCACGCAGGCUCCCUGGCCAGCUGGCCGGUGUACCGGUAGGCCUGAAUCAGCGUAAUGUUUAAUAAUUAAGGAUACAUUAAAUUUUUUCAGAUAUAUUAUUGUCUUGUUAUAUAAUUCAAAUGUAUUGAAGGGAUGGUGAUGACACUGUUUAGGACUCGGUGCCUCGAACAAACUAGUGGAUGGUGAGUGCACAACUGAGUGAUUAGUGCGGGCGUCGCGCGGCGGUGCGGCGGCGCGGCUGCGUGCCGUGCUGUGCCGAGCUGUGCCGUGCCGUGCCGUGCCGUGCUGUGCCGCGCCGCAACACACGGCGCACACACGCGCACCGCUCGCGACCCUUCCCCCACCGUAACCCCUCGUAAUAUACAAAAUUAAAAAAUCUAAAAAAAUUAUCGUUAUUGUAAAUGAAUUAAAGUUUUAUGAUUACUGGCUCAUUCAUAUAUAAAUUACCAAUCUAUGUUUUGCCGCUAGAACUUUGUUAAACAUAAUAAUUAUAUAGGUGUUCAAAUAUUGUUAUGGGAUUAGAUGUUUCCUCCAUUUGUCUUUUCUGUUUAAUAUUAUGUAAGAUUAACUGCACAAGGAUAUUGGUAAACUUUGAUCUGAGUUGAAUUAUAUUUUUUAUAUAUAUUGUGCAAAACUAA